CGGGGCCGCGGGGGGGGGUCUGCACCGAGGAGGGGGAGGGAGAAGAAAGGACGGACAGAAAAGGACCCGUGUGAAACAGAGAGGGACGGAGAGAGAGAGAAAGGGAGGACAGAGGGAGGGACGGAAGAAGAGAGGCGAGGGGCGGAGCCUCGUCCCGGAGCUCCCGGUGCAGGAAGAAGAAGUUGUGGGAAAAGUAAGAAGAGUCAAAACAGAAGAUCCACGGAAAACGGAGGCUUCAUGGGAGGAACCGAGGAUUGAAGAGAGACGAGGGAGCGACGAGGAGGAACAAUGUCGACCGUGACGUCUCCGCCUCCGCCGCCGCCGAAGGAGGACGAGGAGGACGAGGACGAGGGCGAAGAGUUCGAGUUUGACGACAGCGCGGACGAGGAGGAGAAGAAACCUGAGGACAGUAGAUGUUCUGUCAGUUGUGUCCAGGACGGUGAGACGACAGACGGCGUAUCACAGACGACCACAGACACGACUCACCUUCAACAAACCUCUACUCCUGCUGGACAGGAGCACGUCUCCACUCGGGAGGACGACGUCUCCACUCGGGGGGACGUCUCCACUCGGGAGGACGUCUCCACUCGGGGGGACGUCUCCACUCGGGGGGACGUCGUCUCCACUCGGGACGUGGCCUCGGUUUCUGCUGCAGAUGCUCCAGUCAGCGAGUCGCCAGGCGGGGCCUCGGCAACAGACGAGCUCUGGGAGCUUCCUGCGGCGCCGUCGGCCGCGGAGACGCCGCCUGAUUCAACAGACCUCAGCAAAGGAACCGGCGGCGGCGGCUGCGGCGAGGAGGAGGAAACAACGACCGGCUCCAGGGACGCGUCCGCAGACGCCUCUGACGUGAUCUACGACGACGUUCCCUGCGAGGAGCCCGUCUCUCCGGACGAAGAUCUGAUUUAUGAAGACGUUCAGAGAGACGCCGCUCCCAUGAGCACAGGCAACGGCUGGAGCUCCAGCGAGUUCGAGAGCUACGACGAGCAGUCGGACACCGAGGCCAAGCUGCCUGCGAAGAGCAAGCUGAGGGAGCGAUGUGACCGGACCAAACGUGAACUGGCCACGAGGCUGUCGGGCAAACACAACUAUGACAUCAAGGUCCAGCAGCUCAUGAAGGCAGCGAGAAGCGGGACGAAGGAUGGACUGGAGAAGACCAAAAUAGCCGUCAUGCGAAAAGUUUCCUUCCUGCAGAGGAAAGAUCCACUGGAAGAGGAGGAUGAUGCAGGAUACCUGGAUGUGGCUGUGUCAGAAAUGAAGCACCCUCCCCCACAGCUGAGCCCCAUGCCGGAGGGGCUGACCACUCACCAGGUCGUUAGGCGUCACAUCCUGAGCUCCAUCAUUCAGAGCGAGCGCAGCUACCUGGAGUCUCUCAGGAGAAUCCUGCAGGAAUACCACCGUCCAUUGAUGGAAGCGGAUCCACGCAUCCUGAGUCCGCGGAAGAUCCGUCCCAUCUUUUUCCGUGUCCGGGAGAUCACGCAGUGUCACUCCAUGUUCCAGAUCGCGCUGGCGUCUCGCGUGGCCGAGUGGGACAGCAGCGAGAAGAUCGGAGACUUAUUUGUGGCCUCGUUUUCCAAGUCCAUGGUUCUGGAUGUUUACAGCGAGUACGUGAACAACUUCACCAGCGCCAUGGCGCUCAUCAAGAAGGCCUGCAUAUCCAAACCUGCCUUUCUGGAAUUCUUAAAGAAGAAGCAAGCGUCAAGCGUGGACCGGAUCACUCUGUACGGCCUGAUGGUGAAGCCCAUCCAGAGGUUCCCUCAGUUCAUUCUGCUGCUGCAGGACAUGCUGAAGAACACUCCGAAGGGCCACGUCGACCGCCUGCCGCUGCAGCUGGCGCUCACCGAGCUGGAGAUGCUGGCGGAGAAGCUGAACGAGCAGAAGCGAGUCGCCGACCAGAUCACGGAGACGCAGCAACUCGCACGCAGCGUCAGCGACCGCCUGCUCAGCAAGCAGCUGAACGCGGAGCAGGGCUCGCUGGUCCUUUGCGAGACGCUCGUGGAGACGGUGUACGGCGAGCGGGGACAAGUCCUGAAGUCCAAGGAGAGGAAGGUCUUCCUCUUCGACGACGUGCUCGUCUGCGCAAACAUAAAUGUCAAGGGGCCUCCGGACAUCAGCAGCCUCGUCCCCAUCGGGCCCAAGUACACCAUGAAGUGGACCGCCCCGUUAGCGCAGGUGCAGGUGGUGGAGGUGGGGCAGGAGGGCGCCCAGAGCAAAGACACCCUCUUCCAGCAGAGCGGCGCCAAGCGGCCGGGCGGCGCCUGCACUUCAGGUAAAGCGGCGUUCGGCCCUCCUCGUCUGUACCAGGAGCUGCAGGAGCUGCAACACGACCUGUCGGUGGUGGAGGAGGUCACUCUGCUUGUGGGGACGCUGCAGGGGACGUACCAGAACCUGAACACCACCGUGGCCCAGGACUGGUGUCUGGCUCUGCAGAGGCUCAUUCGCAUCAAAGAGGAACAGAUCCAGAGCGCCAACAAGUGUCGGCUUCGCCUGCAGGUGCCCGGCCGGCCUGACAAGUCAGGACGUCCUGUCAGCUUCAUGGUGGUCUUCAACACCCCCAACCCCCUGAGCAAGAUCUCCUGGGUCAACCGUCUGCACUUGGCCAAGAUCGCACUACGGGAGGAGAAUACUCCGGGCUGGUUGUACGGCGAGGACGAAGGGAAGACGAUGGCGCCGCUGUGGCGUCCGCUGCUUUCCUGUCACCUGCCUGUGUUCGCUACCAAGUCGCCAGAGAGGAAGCUGGAAGCUGCUCUUCAUAAUCCUGUUCACUGUGCGUUGUUGGGCUUCUCUGCAGCGAGCACCUGCUUACCUCAAGGCUACCUCUGGGUGGCCGGUGGAGCAGAAGCUUCUCAGGGGCAGAUCGAGAUAUUCUCCCUCAACAGGCCGACGCCUCGGCCGGUGAAGAGCCUGCAGCUCGGCUCCGCCGUCCGCUGCCUGGUGUACGUCCCUGAACCUUCUCCGGCCGAGGAGCCGGAGGCCGGAGUCCACAAGGCCUCAGGGGUCGGAGCCAACAUCUGUGUCGGACUAGACGACGGCCGCGUCCUGGUGUACGGCAGCGUGGACACGGCAGCACAGUGUCUGCAGACGCUCCCGGACCCCGACGGCUGCCCGGUGCUGUGCCUGAAGCACUCGUCCAGCUUCCUGUUCGCGGGCCUGAGGAACGGCACCUUGAGGUUCUACGAGAGGAGGAACAGCGACGAUCUCUGGGAACCGGCCUCCUGCAGGAGUGUGAACCUGGGAUCAGAACCCGUCCGGACGCUGUUGGUGCUGGACGACUCGGUGUGGGCGAGCUGCGGGAACGCCGUCACCGCCACGCACAUCUCCAGCCUCAACACGCAGAAGUUUGAAGUCCACCCGGACCCGAUGGUCAGCGUGGCUCACAUGGCGUGCGCCGGCGGAGGCGUGUGGAUGGCGUUUUCCGAGGGUUCGUCCAUUCGUCUCUUUCACACGGAAACUCUGGAGCUGCUGCAGGAAAUCAACAUCUCCACGCGCUCGACGUUGCUGAACACGGGUCAGAGGAGCAUGCGGGUCACGAGCCUCCUGAUCUGCCAGGGGCUGCUGUGGGUCGGCACCGCCCAGGGUCUGAUCAUCACUCUGCCCGUUCCCAAACUGGAGGGCAUUCCCAAAAUAACAGGAAAGGGGAUGAUCUCUCUGAACGCCCACUGUGGGCCCGUGGACUUCCUGGUGGCCACCACCAGCACCCUGUCCCCCGAGCUCCUGAAGAGGGACUCGGUCGGGGACGGCCCGGACUCGGCCUGCGGCGGCGAGGACCGCAGCGACACGUCGUCGCAGGAAUCCCUGCAGCAGUCCGGCCCCCACCAGGCGGAGGGGCGGGGCAAAGGACGGGGCAUCCUGCUGCAGUACAAGCUGCGCUCCACGUCGGGACUACCCGGGCGGCCGCUGACGGGGCAGGCCGACGAGGCGUCCGACUCCUCCCUGGAGUCGCUGGAGCACAGCGUGGAGGACGGGUCCAUCUACGAGCUCAGCGACGACCCGGAGAUGUGGGUGAGGGGUCGUCCCUGCGAGCGGGACGGGGGGCGCAGGGACCGGGUGAUCUCCGCAGCCGUCAUCUCUGGAGGCAAAGGCUUCCGCAGACUGAAGGAGGGAGCUCCGGCAGGUACGAGGACCGGCGCGGAGGGUUCAGAGAAUAAUCUCCUGGUGUGGCAGUUGCCGCUGACGGUGUGACGAGGAGGAACAACCGGCUCCAUGAUGACAAGGGAUUUGGAUUCAUAACGAGAAGGUGUUGCCCGUCCUUCCAGAGCUCCACGUCUUAUGUAUUUAGCCCCGCGGAGUAAGAAACGUUAAGGCAGGCUGUCCUACGAAAAGUUCUGCCAGCCAAUGAGAAGCUCCGGAUGUUCAGGAUUGUGCGUCAUCAUCAUCAUCAUCAUCAGCGAAAAGACGCUGCCGCCGUUAAGUUCCGUGUGAUUGUGUUGAUGUGGUCCCUCGUCCACUUGAUUGAUACGCCGCAAUUUAACCUCGUCGUCGCAGCGUCGCUCUGCCACAUUUGUUUUAAUGCGAAGGACUCGUGCGUGUGUGCGUGCGUGCGUGCGCGCGUGUGUGUGUGUGCGUGCAUGGGUGUGUGUGUGUGUGUGUGCGUGCAUGCAUGCGUGUGUGUGCAUGUGUGUGUGUGUGCGUGCUUGUGUGGGUGUGCGUGCAUGGGUGUGUGUGCGUGCAUGCGUGUGUGUGUGUGUGUGUGUGUGAGUGCGAGCGAGCUGUGCUCUGCAGAGUGAGCGAUGGACGUCUUUCGUCUGAUCCCAUCUGUGUGGAGCUGAACGCACAUCACGUCCUCCCCCAUCCCGAACAAUGUGAAUGUAUCAAACCGAAUAUUGUGUCUCAUAAUUCAAUCUGUGCUUGCUUUUAAAAAAAAAUACUGUUCUGUUGCAGCUGUUUAAAAAAAAUUAUGGAUUUCUGCAGAAAAGAACAUUCGAUUAAUCCCAAGAACUUAUAAAACUUUACCUUUGUUGAGGAAGAACCGACGAGAGGAAGAUGUUCACGAUCACACAACUGUCAAAAUCUUUUAUUUCAGUCAAACAUCUCAGUGAAUAAGAGAUGUUCAUGUCAGACAUGUUUAAUUAUUCCCCGUCAUCUCGGGGUGGGCGGUAUCUCCAAUAUAUUACAUGUAUUAAAUGACUAUACCGCGACUACAAAUUAUCAAGUAAAAUGUAGUUAAGGCGCCGGCAUAAGACUUGCCUUGAAGUUUAAAAUUGUCCCAAUAGAAACCAUUAAUGAAGAUAAUUUGGAUUAAAGAAUGUUUUAAUACAGACGCAGGUUUCAGGCACGACUAGAAUCAUACUGGUGUGAUUCUCUGCAUCAAAGGGUUAAAUUGUGCAUUCAUGAGAUUUAAAAAUAUUGCGAUAUAAAUUGCGUAUCGCGAUAUAACAAAUAUAUUGCAAUAUUAUUUAGAGGCCAUUUCGCCCAUCCCUACUGUCAUUCAUCAGAAAGAUACACACACUCACAUCAGAAGCAGAAAAAUCUCUGAACGAACGAUGAAAUAAAAAUUGCCGCAGUCGCGUUAACAACGAUCGACUGAGGGAAUCGACAGAAGAGAUGUUUACAUGCACGUUCUCUCUCUAUAAUAAUAAUAAUAAUAAUAAUAAUAAUAAUAAUAACACAAGAUGGAGGCGUCUGUAUUGAAAAUAAUCUGUCAUAUUUAACAGAGUUAUAGCAACGCGAUAACGUGGUAAAUAUUUUGAGUUUAAUGCAUUAAACGUUAAUAUUUAAUGAUCAGGAUGUGAUGAUGUAAACGAACCGCACGUCAUCACGUCUUCAUCUCUGAUGUCUCCAGAAACGUCACGUUCUGUUUUUAACCUGAAAGUUGUUGAUUGAUUUGUAAAUGCACUGUGUUGAUCCAACAGCAGUAUGAGAAGCACUCGGCGGUACUUUUUAAUGUUAAUAUUUAAGAUUUUUGUUGAGUCUUAGAGACACUGACUGUAAAGAUGGACGAUACACACACACACGCCUCACGAUGAUACGAACUAUGUGGAUCGUCUCUACCUACGGAUUCUCGUCUUCUCUCGUCGUCACAGACGAAAACAAAACUGAUGUUUUAUUUUCUCUUUUCUUCUGCGGCUCCUCGACACUGAAACGUCCUGCUGCUGUCGGCCAGAAUCAUCAUGAAUAAGUCAAAUGGAUAAAAAAAAUAAGCUGAUUCUUGAGUGUCAUCUACAUGUAAUUCUCAAUGUCAUGUCAGAAAUACACACAUAUAUACGUAUAUAUAUAUAUACAUAUAUAUACGUAUAUAUGUGUGUAUUCACACUCGUCUGAUGAUUCGCCCUCGUUUCAUUGGCUCGUCCACUAACAGCUGACGUUUAUUCUCCAGUGUAAUUGUGUGUUGGUCUUUUUUCCUUUUGCUCAUCGUUCGUGUGCAGGUAUUAUCCAAACACUGAAUAUGAUACUCAUGUACUGUACUAAUUAGAACCUAUAUUCCCUUUUGUAAAGUGGAGCAGCAGAGACGGUUUAGUUUCCUCUGCUGUUACAGUUUCGUUGUUAUUAUCGUUUCUGUCAGUUAUGAAAACGUGAAUCAGAAGUCUCAAACUCUUCCAGGAUUAAAUUUGACCAUUCGUACUUUAUGACAUAAGAAGUUCUAUCACACGUUAUUAUCAUAACUGACAGAAACUACGUCAAACCUUAAUAAAGUAAAGCAAUAAACCAGAACCCUUGAAGAUAAAGUAUUACACGUGACGCCAUCGCAGGCUCACGGGAUCAUGUGAAAUCACAUGACAUCAUUUUGCCUGUUUCUCUAACGGAAGGAGUGUGAACGUGUCUAACGAAAUAAAACGUCUGUAAACACGA